AGUCUUGGGGAUCCGUUCGGUCCCGGGCCGAGCGAGGGCGCCUUCCCGCUCCCCGGCCGCCGGCGCGAAGAUCCCUGGAAGACCUCCGUCGUCCUCCCCCUGCGGACCAUGGCGAGACCCGGGAGCGAGUCCUAAAAUGCCGGUGAUGAGGGGCCUCCUGGCUCCCCAAAACACCUUCCUCGACACCAUAGCAACCCGCUUUGAUGGCACGCACAGUAACUUUGUGCUGGGCAACGCUCAAGUGCGUGGGGCCUUCCCUGUGGUGUACUGUUCUGAUGGCUUCUGUGAACUGACUGGCUUCUCCCGGGCAGAGGUCAUGCAGCGUUGCUGUGCCUGCAGCUUCCUCUACGGGCCUGACACCAGCGAACUUGUCCGCGCCCAGAUCCGCAAGGCCCUUGACGAGCGCAAAGAAUUUAAGGCUGAGCUCAUUCUCUACAGGAAGAGCGGUGUCCCCUUUUGGUGUCUCCUGGAUGUGGUGCCUAUCAAGAAUGAGAAAGGAGAAGUGGCCCUCUUUCUGGUCUCCCACAAGGAUAUCACUGAAACCAAGAGCAGAGCAUCUGCAGAAAACUGGAAGGAAGGAGGUGAAAUUAGACGUGGUGGGCGACGGCGCUAUGGCCGAGGUGGAGCUAAAGGUUUUAAUGCCAACCGUCGGCGAAGCCGGGCUGUCCUCUAUCACCUGUCGGGGCACCUCCAGAAGCAGGGCAAAGGGAAGCGCAAGCUGCACAAGGGUGUCUUUGGGGAGAAGCCUGCCUUGCCCGAAUACAAAGUGGCUGCCGCACGCAAGUCGCCCUUCAUCCUGUUGCAUUACGGGACCUUCAAGGCCGGCUGGGAUGGGCUGAUUCUCCUGGCCACGCUCUACGUGGCCGUUACGGUGCCCUACAGUGUCUGCUUCAGUGGCGCCAAGGACGAAGGGCUUCCGGAAGCGAUCCGCGCACCCCCCAGUGUCUGUGAUCUUUCGGUUGAGAUCCUUUUCAUCUUAGACAUUGUGCUGAAUUUUCGUACCACCUUUGUCAGCAAGUCAGGGCAGGUGGUGUUUGACCCUCACGCCAUCUUCUUGCACUACCUGACACGCUGGUUUGUGCUGGACCUCUUAGCAGCCCUGCCUUUUGACCUCCUCUAUGCCUUUCACGUCAAUGUGUACUUCGGGGCACACUUGCUGAAGACAGUGAGGUUGUUGCGGCUGCUGCGGCUGCUUCCCAAUCUGGACCGGUACUCCCAGUACAGCGCUGUGGUCCUGACCUUGCUCAUGACGGUCUUUGCUCUCCUGGCUCACUGGGUGGCCUGUGUCUGGUACUUCAUUGGGCAGCGUGAGGUCGAGAGCAGCCCCUCCCAGCUGCCAGGGAUAGGUUGGCUGCAGGAGCUGGCUCGCCGACUCGAGACUCCUUACUACUUGGUGCAGAGGAACAGCAGUGGCGAAGACUCUUCCACCAACCGGACGAAUCCCCCCCUGAAUAGCAGCGCCUGGGAGCUCCUGGGAGGCCCUUCCCUGAGAAGCUCCUACAUCACAUCCCUCUACUUCGCCCUCAGCAGCCUGACCAGCGUGGGUUUUGGCAACGUGUCGGCCAACACGGACUCAGAGAAAAUUUUCUCCAUAUGUACCAUGCUGGUGGGGGCCUUGAUGCAUGCUGUCGUCUUUGGCAACGUGACAGCCAUCAUCCAGCGCAUGUACGCUCGCCGCUUCCUGUACCACAGCCGCACGCGGGACCUUCACGACUACAUCCGCAUCCAUCGUAUCCCUCCACCGCUGAAGCAGCGCAUGCUAGAGUACUUCCAGGCCACAUGGAGUGCCAGUAAUGGCAUUGAUACUCGUGAGUUGCUGCAGAGCCUGCCAGAUGAGUUGCGAGCAGACAUUGCCCUGCACUUGCACAAGGACCUGCUGCAACUGCCCCUCUUUGAGGGGGCAAGUCGGGGCUGCCGGCGCUCCCUUUCACUCGGCGUUCGUACUUCCUUCUGCACGCCAGGGGAAUACCUGAUCCGGCAAGGAGAUGCCCUCCAAGCCCUCUACCUGGUCUGCUCGGGCUCUAUGGAAGUGCUGAAAGACGGCACUGUGCUUGCCAUCCUAGGCAAGGGAGACCUGAUUGGUUGCCACAUCUCCUCCAGGGAGCAAGUGAUCCAAGCCAAUGCAGACGUGCGAGGCCUCACUUACUGUGAUCUGCAAUGCCUGAGCUUGCCUGGCCUUCUCGCCAGCCUGGAACUUUACCCAGAGUUUGCCAGUAAAUUCCGGCAGGAACUGUCCUGUGAGCUCAGCUACAACCUGGGUGGGGGCAGCAGCUUCCCAGAAUCGUCACCAGCAAUGAGUGGCAGGGAACCCACCACUUUACUCUCUGUGGUGGGGAAGGGUGUCGCUGGCACUCUCUUCCCCCCAGAUCACAGAACUCCCUAUUUGCCUCCAGAGCCAGCCGAGGAAUCCUCUGUUCCCCUGUGCCCUUCUUCCUUUGGAGGCCACAACCAUUACCCACCACGCUCAGAUGUUCCACGCCAGCCCCGCUCUGAAACCUCCUCCCAUCCCACAGCGUUGCGUCUACACAGUGCUCCCUACAGUGGGCCCCCAGAUCUCAGCCCCAGAGUUGUAGAUGGCAUCGAGGACGGGUCCAGUUCUGACAAACCCAUUUUUAGCUUCCGCGUUGGCCUGUCGGGUCCAGACUAUACCAGUCCUUCACCUGGCACAGACAGUGGCUUGCUCACCAUCCCUCCAGAGCUAACAGGUGCUGAUACUAUUGAGAAACUGCGGCAAGCGGUGGCUGAACUCUCCGGGCAAGUUCAGCAAAUGCGGGAAGGCCUCCAGUCCCUGCGCCAAGCCGUCCAGCUCUUCCUCCUCUCCCAGGGCCCGGCCCAGCCACGGGCUGACCUUCCAUCCUACAGCUCCUUUCCCUGUGCAGACGCCCCUGCGAAUCCACUGCUGAGCCCGCUUCGAGUAGACACUGGACUCUCCCCGACCUUCUGUUCCCAUAGUGCACCGCCCGCACCCUGUCCCAAUGGAGCCUGUGGCCGGGUCCAGUGGAUGUGGUCGCCACCAGCUGGCCAGAGCUCACCCUGGCCUGGAACAUUCUGGACUCAAGGGCCAGGAAAGGACACUGACGAAGGGCCGGCUUCAUUCACCAGUCAUGGACCCGGGGGCCAGGGGACCAACACACAGCUGCCAAGCCCCAGCCAAAGAGAGGGCUGCCUCCCCCAAACUUGCUCCCCUGCAGACACAGCAUGCCAUACAGAAACCAAAUCUUCCAGGACUCCAACUUGCGAUUCUGCAAGUUUUGAGAUGGUGCUGAUUGGCACUGGGAACAACCACGCUACAGACAGUGCCCCCUGUUGGCCAGAGGAGGAAGGGACAGGCUUAUGAACCUAUUUGGCGUUCCUGAUAGCGGAAAGCUCAGUCUCUGGCACUGCUCUGGUCUGGAAAUUUGACAAAGAGGAAUCUCUUGUUUUAUUGUACCAGGUGGGAGCCCAUUCUGGACAACAGACCAAGAAGGGAAGGGAAAAAAACCCAAGGAAGUCCAGAUACAGUGUUGUUUAAAAGCUGUAGCAGCUGUCAUAAUAAGGAUAGGACUGUAAAACAGCCAUAGAAAUUCUCUGAAGUGUGAUGGAACACAUAGUUUAUCUGGGAAAAAUCAGGGAAACAAGAGCUGCUUCAAUGACCUUUGUUAUCAAAAGCCCUCCUGUCUGGAAUACUGUGGGGGUUAGGAAAUACAUGGAUUUAACAUGCAGAUGCUUGAAAUAUGCAAAGUGCCCCCUAAUUAUAACAGUUCUUCCUUCAGGCAGCUCGUUAGGCAUGGGUGGUGGCCGUGCAGUACCAGCAGACACCCCGCCCCCUGGCUUGUGCAUCUAGUUAUUCUGGUGGGAGAGCAGGACAGAGGUCCCCUCUGCGAUACUGGGGUCAUGCAAUGGUGGAUCUCCUUUUUAUAAAUUAAAAGGACAUGUUUUGAACAGUGGCCUCUGGGUUUUCAAAGAAAUCCUAGCCUGGAGUUUAUUGUCUCUACAAUGGAGCCAGGUCAAGAGAGAAAGGCUUUUGCAAGCUGUGUAAAGGGAAAGAGGGAGCAAAGACUUCCAGUUUGGAUAAGACGGCUUUUCACUGCUUUGGUCUAAAUUCAUUUCGAGAGCUGAGAUGCAGAACUGCCUGUCGUUCCUAAUAAACAGGCAAUACAGAUGCACAAUA